AUGGGGGAGAAACUCUUCAGCUGCGCCCAGUGUGACAAGCAGUUCCUCCACCUGCACCAGCUCAAGACCCACCAGAGAAUACACGCCAGGGAGAAACCCUUUAGCUGUUCCCAAUGCGGGAAGCGCUUCUCCCAGUCCAGCCACAUCAAGAGACACAUGAGUGUUCACACAGGAGAAAAGCGGUUUGGCUGCAGCGUAUGCGGCAAGAGGUUUUCACAAUCCUGUAGCCUCAAAGUGCACCAGAGCGUCCACACCGGAGAGAGACCGUUCAGCUGCACUCAGUGCGGGAAGAGUUUCUCUGUGCUCGGGAACCUAAUGAGGCACCAGAGUGUCCACAGUAGAACGCAGGAUUAA